CGCGCACGCUGUGCGUUCCGGGCUCGUGCCUGCGGAUUUCGGACUCAGCUGGGGGAAGCCGAAGAAUCUGAGCCGCCAUGUUCCUCUCCUCGUCACUCCGGGCGGGGGCCGCCGGUCUCAUCGCCCACUGGGGGAGACAGAUGAGAUGCUUACACAAAACAGGUCAAAGUGGAGCUGGAGGAGCCUUGUUUGUGCACAGAGAUACUCCUGAAAAUAACCCAGAUACUCCAUUUGAUUUCACACCAGAAAACUACAAGAGGGUAGAAGCAAUUGUAAAGAAUUACCCAGAGGGACAUAAAGCAGCAGCUGUGCUUCCAGUACUGGACUUAGCCCAAAGGCAGAAUGGAUGGUUGCCCAUCUCUGCCAUGAACAAGGUUGCUGAAAUUUUACAAGUACCUCCAAUGAGAGUAUAUGAAGUAGCAACUUUUUAUACAAUGUAUAAUCGAAAGCCAGUUGGAAAGUAUCAUAUUCAAGUCUGUACCACUACACCUUGUAUGCUUCGAGAUUCUGACAGCAUAUUGGAGGCCAUUCAGAAAAAGCUUGGUAUUAAGGUUGGAGAAACUACACCUGACAAGCUUUUCACGCUAAUAGAAGUGGAAUGUUUAGGUGCCUGUGUAAAUGCACCGAUGGUUCAAAUAAAUGAUAAUUACUAUGAAGAUUUGACACCUAAGGAUAUUGAAGAGAUAAUUGAUGAGCUGAAAGCGGGCAAUGUUCCAAAACCUGGACCAAGGAGUGGACGUUUCUCUUGUGAGCCAGCUGGUGGUCUUACAUCUUUGACUGAGCCACCCAAAGGACCUGGUUUUGGUGUCCAAUCAGGCCUCUAAGUAAUUUAUAUGAAUUUGUCUAAAAACCCAAACAGACCUGUGAAAAUAUUUCUCUGUACAUUUAAAAUAAAUUAAAACUAAUCUCCUCAUCUAUGCAAAUGUUCAAUAUUGUAUAUUCUGGUUUGUGUUUACCCUGGUGGUGAUAUAGCCUUUAUAAUUGUAAAUACCAUGUAAAAACUACAAAAUAUCCUCUUAAAACCUUUUGGGUGCAGUGGCUCAUAAGAUCACAUAAGCUGUAGGCAUGAACAUUUUUUUCCAACUGUAUCCAUUUCAGCAGCACAUUCAGUUCACAUUUGACGUGAAAAAGUAUCUUGUGACAAUAAAGUAUGGUUUUUAUCACA